UGUAAUAAAACUACUCGUCUUCUCUUCCUCACUCAAAAUCAAUCUCCCAAAUAUGAUUUGUCAGAAGCUCCAAUUCCGGCUUCUGAUAAUCGCGAUUUUAAUUUUGUGUUUCACGCUUUUAACGGAUGCCUCCGCCAGAGACGCUGCGAUUCUUGUCCGGGUCAAAACCGGGCACCUCCGCGACCCGGCCGGAGUCCUCGACGGUUGGGUCGUCUCGGACCGGAACGCGCCCUGCAACUGGACCGGAAUCCAAUGCGACGCCGACCGGCACGACGUCGUUUCGAUUAACCUCUCCGGAUUUAACGUCUCCGGCGACUUCCCGGCGGACUUCUGCCGGAUUUCGUCGCUGCGAAGCCUCGACGUCUCGUCCAACAACCUCGGCGGUGAAAUCUCCUCCGAUUCGAUGUCUCCCUGCUCUCAUCUGCUCUACCUCAACCUUUCCAUCAACAAUUUCGUCGGAAACUUGCCUGAUUUUCCGGUGCCGUUUGUUAACUUGACUGUUUUGGAUUUUUCGUUCAAUAACUUUUCCGGCGACAUUCCGGCCAGUUUUGCAGGCUUCCAAAAGCUUGAGUUUUUAUCUCUGGGUUCAAAUCUGCUUAACGGAUCUAUCCCUGAGUUUCUCUCCAAUUUGACGGAGUUAACUCAGUUGGUACUCGCCGUUAAUCCGUUCCAGCUCAGUCCGCUGCCGGCGACGAUCGGACGGCUGAGGAAGCUCGAGUAUUUGGUGUGUUCAUACGCGAAUCUCGCCGGAGAAAUCCCCGACUCCAUCGGAGAUCUUGCUUCGCUUAAAAGCCUCGACGUCGCCGGCAACAGUCUCACCGGAAAACUCCCUGGAAGCAUCGGGAAGCUGAAAAACGUGGAGCAAAUUGAACUGUAUGGGAACCAAAUCUCCGGCGAAUUGCCCGACGCAUUUUCCGGUCUCACCUCGCUACUCCGAUUCGAUGCUUCGCAGAACAAUCUCGCCGGAAAAAUUCCUCGUAGUCUGACUGCUCUGCCUCUCCAAUCUCUGCAUCUCAACGACAAUUCAUUGGAAGGCGAUAUUCCCGAGAUUAUAGCCCUAAAUCCCAAUCUUACAGAGCUGAGGCUGUUCAACAACAAUCUCACAGGUACUCUGCCCCAAUUUUUGGGUAUGAACUCCGAUUUGGUUGAAAUCGACGUUUCCGGCAACGAUCUGGAAGGCGAAUUGCCUCAGAAUUUGUGCUACCGGAAAAAGCUCGAGUUUCUGAUUCUGUUUCGGAAUAGAUUUUCCGGCGGACUGCCGGAGUCGUACGGCGAAUGCAGCAGCAUAACGUAUAUACGUAUUCAGCAAAACGAACUCACCGGAAACGUGCCGGAAGGUCUAUGGGGACUCGCCGGAAUUCAGCACAUGGAGUUCACCGACAACCGUCUGGAAGGUUCGAUUCCGCCGCGAAUAUCAACGGCGGAAGGCUUAGAACAGCUCCUCAUCUCCGGCAACAAAUUUUCCGGCAACUUACCGGCGGAAAUCUGCCGUCUGCAAGAACUCAAGAAGCUUGAUCUCAGCCAUAACCAGAUUUCCGGCAAUCUGCCGGCGUGCAUCACUCAGCUCACCAAAUUGCAGGAAGUUCAUCUCCAGGGGAACAAAUUCAAUGGAGAAAUCCCCAAAACCGUUUCCCCAUGGACAGAACUAACGCAGCUGGAUUUAUCCAGCAAUCAGUUCUCCGGCGCCAUUCCGGCCGAGCUCGGCGAUUUGCAGGUCCUAACAUUCCUGGAUCUCUCCAACAACCUCCUCUCCGGCGAAAUUCCAUCGAAGCUAACCAAAUUGAAGUUCAACGAAUUCAACGUAUCCAACAACAACCUCCAUGGAAGAAUCCCAGCCGGCUUCGACACCAAGUUCUUCCUCUCAAGCCUCACCGGCAACCCCGGCCUGUGCAGCUCCGAUCUCCGGCCAAUUCCUCCAUGCUCCCGUUCGAAGCCCGUAAACAUCGUCCUCAUCGUCGUUCUAUCAACCUUAGCAUCGAUCCUCGUUGUGCUACUCCUCUGGCUCCUCGUAAAAACAAAGAAGCUCAUCCGCUUCAAAUCCCAUCCGCCAUGGAAGAUCACAGCCUUCCAGAAGGUCAGCUUCGACGAAGAGGAAGUCCUCUCCGCCUUAACCGAUCGGAACCUGAUUGGUUCCGGCGGGUCGGGGCGUGUCUACCGUGUCAGGCUAAAGAACGGUCAGACGGUAGCUGUGAAAAGGCUGUGGGAGCCGAAGGGGUUAUCGGAAUCGGAGACUGUGUUCUUGUCGGAGGUUGACACGUUGGGUCGAAUCCGUCACAGCAAUAUCGUGAAACUGUUGUUCAGCUGCAUCGGCGACGAUGUUAAGGUUUUGGUGUACGAUUACAUGGAGAACGGAAGUUUGGGCGACGUAUUGUACGGCGAGAAAGGCGGGGAGGUCUUGGACUGGUCGAGCCGGUUCAAGAUUGCCGUCGGGGCUGCGCAAGGGCUCGCGUAUCUGCACCACGAUUGCGUGCCUCCGAUCGUUCACCGAGACGUGAAAUCGAACAACAUUUUGCUCGACGACGAGUUCCGGGCGAAGGUCGCAGAUUUCGGCCUCGCCAAGAUGCUCAAUCGCAGCUCGACGGAGAGCGAUCCCGUCAUGUCCCGUGUAGCCGGGUCGUACGGCUACAUUGCUCCGGAGUAUGGAUACACAAUGAAAGUUACAGAGAAGAGCGACGUAUACAGCUACGGGGUGGUGUUGUUGGAACUAAUCACGGGUAAAAUCCCGAACGAUCCAUCGUUUGGGGAGAAUAAAGAUAUUGUUAAGUGGGUGACGGAGAUCGCAUUAUCAUGGCCCGAACACGGCGGCGCCGGGAGCGUGGACAAUGCCCGGUUGGAACAAGUGUUGGACCCUCGACUUGAUAGGUGUACCGUAGAGUACGGUGAGGUAGAGAAGCUUCUGAAUGUGGCCUUGUCGUGUACAACGGAUUUGCCGACAAGUCGGCCUUCGAUGAGGAGGGUUGUCGAGCUUCUUAAAGAUCUUUCCUCUCCACGGCCCAAAUAAGAAUUGGAGUGAAGAUUAAAGACCAUAUGAGUUUUUGCGUAGUCUGUAUUGAAAAUUAGAGUAUAGACAAUACAUGUUUGUUAUAAAAAGUUUGGUUUAAUUAGGAUGUUAAGGUUGAGAAUUUAUCAGUACUAUGCUGUUAUUGGAAUCGGUAUAUAAAAAUACUAUAGAUAAUAUAUAUAAAUAUGAUAGACAAUAUAUCUUGUAUAAAGUAUUUGUAUGUACUUUUAGUUUUAUUUUCAAAAAUUCUGUAAUUUUGUGAGUGAUUAGGCUAAAGCUUCGAUUUUCGGAAGAUUUUGUGAUUUCUUGAGCUAUUUUUGGUUGUGCCGGAGCCAAGGUAGUAUCCCAUUGUCUCUUUUGUAAUUUGAGGGUGCCGCGGUGGCUGAGUUUCGAACAUUUUUACGAUUCUGCAUUA